AUGAGGCGCCAGCUGCCAGCCUGGCAAUCGCGGCCAAUGCUGCUGCAAGCGAUCCAGGAGCGACAGGUGACGCUGGUGGUGGGGGAGACGGGCUGCGGCAAAUCCACGCAGCUCCCGCAGUUCAUCCUGGAGGCCUUCGAGGAUGCGAACAUCGUGGUCACGCAACCCCGGCGCAUCUCGGCCCUUUCCCUGGCGCAUCGAGUGGCGCAGGAGCGGGGCGAGGAGGUGGGCGACAGAGUCGGCUACUCGGUGCACUUGGAUCAAAUGAGUUCCCGGCGGUGCCGGCUGCUCUUCUGCACUGCCGGCGUCUUCCGGCGCCGUCUGCUGGGGGACCCGCAGCUGGCGGCGGUUACGCACUUGGUCAUGGAUGAGCUGCACGAGAGGGACAAGGCCGGAGCAGAGAGGCGAGAGUCUCGCCUCAGGCCUUGUGGCGCAGGCUUCGCGGGGGUGCUGGGGUGCGCCGCGCAGUGGCCUCCCAUUGACCCGCUGCGCCAUGGCACGCCCAUCUGCUUUGAUGGUGACGGCCACAGCUUUGAGGAGUGCUGCAACCAGGAGACGUUUGGGCCAUGGGGCAACCCGGAGUGCUUCGAGGGCAUCUUCUCAUACGAGCUCUGCUGCCUACCGGAUUGGAAGAGUCGCAACACGGAAGUUCGUGCCUGUGACUGGGUGCAGUUUGCCCAGGAUUACAAGGAGCAGGCCCAGAACUCGGAGGACCCGCCCGGCGAGGCGGAGGAGAUUCUCAGUCAGAACGACCAACUCUACGAGGAGAGUUGCUGCAUGACCUACCAGGCGGAACAGAACCUCUGCUGGGGCUACCUGCCGCAUCUUCGGAGGCGGCUGCCAGGCACCAACCUCUCGCGGGGCUAUGUUAGCUGCUGCUAUGACCACCUUCAGGCUCUGCUGGAGGCCAGGCGGAAUGGCGCACCCGACCCAGCCUGGCUGCAGAAGGAAAUGGAGGCAAGGGAGGAAGGGAUGGGGGGGACUCGGUUGGCUGCUGCUGGCCCGCGUGCCAAGCCAGCUUCACUGCUGCCCGGCGGACGGGCUGAACUGCGCAUAAAAGCCACAUGCAUUCGAUCGCAGCUGCGAGCCCUCGAGCCGUGCCGCCACCGCAACCUCACCUUGCCCGAGCCCGACCCUGCCGCACAAGUGGUCCGCAGCGGCGGCAACGCGCUUCAGAUCAUAGGCUCAACCGGCAGCACAUGGAGUACGGCUGACGAGCGGCGUGCCAAGGGCUGGCCGGAGGCUGUUGAACCGCACAACAUCUUCGCCCUGGGAACGCUUCAGCCAGCCAGCUGGGAAGCACGAAUAGAAGCGCUGCCGCGUUCCCAUGGUGAGCAGGCUGGACUGUAUGCCUACGGUGAUGCGUCCUCCUGGGUCAAGUUUGUACUUGAGGGCGCGGGCGAUGGCAAGGUGAUGCUCGUCUUCGCUGAGCAGCGGGAUGGCGUGCCCUUCCUCCGUGGCAAAGUGCCGCUCGAUGACUUUGAAGGUGGCUUGCACCUACGACUGGAGGUGCACGGCGAGGGCCAGGUGCUCGCGUUCUGGCGGCAUAGCAUUAGUAGUAGCGUGAGCGGUAGUGACGCCUGGGUGCAGAUGGUUCGUGGACACGGCUGGUUGACGCCGACGGAGCAGCAACUCGCUUCUUCUCCGAAGCCUGGCGCGCUCGAGGCAGGCGACUCGCGGGGAAGUGAGCUGGCCGCGUGUAACCUGCCAAGGACAUGGAGGGCGGUCUUGCUCACAGAGCAAUGGCAAACGCGGACUGUAGUCACGUUUGAAGACGUGGCCAUGGAUGCUCUAGCAUCAACGGAAAAGCGGACAAAGCGAAAAGCAGGGAGGUGGGAAGCCUUUGCGGAUUGUGAGAAGGUCUGCAGCAAGGAGUUCCGGCGCUUUGCGCAGCAGGUGGCCAAGGCCGUGGACCGCAAGCCGCAGAAGCCGGUGGACGUCUCCAAGGUUCGGCAGCAUUUGGAGAAGCUGUUGGCAGAGGAGGAGGUCCAGGCGAUCGGGAAAUCCAAGUUCCGGAUGAAAUUGGCAGGUUAUGAGUAA